GGGGUAUAUAUAAGAAAAGAUGUCGUCGUCGUAUUCGAACUACACAAACUCACCGUGCGCGGCAUGCAAAUUCCUCCGGCGGAAAUGCACGUCGGAGUGCGUAUUCGCACCAUACUUUCCGCCAGAAGAACCUACAAAGUUCGCUAACGUGCACCGGAUAUUCGGGGCAAGCAACGUGAGCAAGAUCCUCCACGAGGUGGCUCCGCAUCAACGGGAAGAUGCUGUGAACUCGCUGGCUUACGAGGCGGAGGCACGGCUAAAAGAUCCGGUGUAUGGCUGCGUUGGGGCCAUCUCGGUGCUCCAAAGACAGGUCUUGAGGCUGCAAAGGGAACUAGAGGAGACAAAUGCUGAUCUCAUGAGAUACGCUAGUUGUCUUGGUAAUGAAACGACGUCGGCUUAUGGUGGGCGGAGGAGUUGACUGGUCAACGGGAGUUUAUUAGUCAUCAUCACUCACUCUUUGAGAGAAUUAGCGGCGGAGAAGUAUAAAAAGAGAGAGAGAGAGAGGAUGGUUGAUGUGAUGGAAGUGAUGAAGAUAUUAUCAUGUGUAUAUGUCAAUAUAAGGAUAUGCCUUAAUGACAUGUAUGUAUUAUGUAUAUAUGUAUGUGUAUGUUUAUUUGUAUGUAUAUACUUAUGCGGUUUGUGUAAUUUAACUUGUAAUUUUCAUGGGAAA